UCACAGCCAAACACACGAUCGACGCUGCCACGUCAAGUGAGACUGCGCAAGUGUGAAUGAAGUGGCAGUUUCGGCAUUUUGUGAGGAUUCGUCUGCCGAGUAGAAUUAUUAAUUGCUGUGAGACCAUCAGAUAUUAAAGAUGCGUGUUAUAAUAUUUUCGCUAGCGAUAGCCCUCUUGGGUACCGCGCUCGGUGACGAAAUUCCUUCUGAAGACAAUGUUCUAGUAUUAUCAAAAGCCAAUUUCGACAAUGUUAUUGCUUCGAAUGAAUUCGUCUUAGUAGAAUUCUAUGCACCAUGGUGCGGACACUGCAAAUCGCUCGCGCCUGAGUAUGCAAAGGCAGCUACAAAAUUAUUGGAAGAAGAAUCUCCUAUCAAGCUGGCUAAGGUCGAUGCUACCCAGGAGCAGGAUCUGGCCGAAUUCCACAAAGUCAAGGGAUACCCGACUCUAAUUUUCUUCAAGAAAGGAAACCCACUCGAAUAUUCCGGUGGACGCCAAGCUGAUGACAUUGUGGCAUGGUUGAAGAAAAAGACUGGUCCACCAGCAGUUGAAGUUGCUUCUGCCGAACAGGCUAAAGAACUGAUUGCAGCUAAUAAUGUUGUUAUAUUCGGUUUCUUCCCCGACCAAGGAACUGACAAAGCCGUCACUUUCUUAAACACAGCUGGCUUAGUUGAUGACCAAAUCUUUGCCAUUGUCACCGAUGAGAAGGUCAUUGAGGAACUUGAAGCUCAAGCUGAAGAUGUUGUUCUCUACAAAAACUUCGAAGACCCAAGUGUCAAAUUCUCCGGUGAAGAGUUCACAGAAGAUGCCCUGAAAUCAUGGGCGUUUGUUCAGAGUAUGCCAACCAUUGUUGAGUUCUCCCAUGAGACUGCCUCCAAGAUCUUUGGUGGUCAGAUCAAGUACCACCUUCUGUUGUUCCUGUCCAAGAGCACCGGUCACUUCGAGAAGUACCUGAAUUCCCUGAAACCAGUCGCCAAGAACUACCGCGACAGGAUCAUGACCGUUGCCAUCGACACUGAUGAGGAUGAUCACCAGAGGAUUCUGGAGUUCUUCGGCAUGAAGAAAGAAGAGGUGCCAUCGGCUCGUCUGAUCGCCCUGGAACAAGACAUGGCCAAGUACAAACCCGCCACCGACGAGCUCAGCGCUAACGCCGUAGAGGAGUUCGUGCAAUCAUUCUUCGCGGGAACCCUGAAGCAGCACCUGCUGAGCGAGGACCUGCCCGCCGACUGGGCCGCCAAGCCCGUCAAGGUACUCGUCGCGUCCAACUUCGACGAGGUCGUGUUCAACCCCGAAAAGAAGGUCCUCGUCGAGUUCUACGCUCCAUGGUGCGGCCACUGCAAGCAGCUGGUGCCGAUCUACGACAAGCUGGGCGAGCACUUCGAGAAGGACGCCGACGUUGUCAUCGCUAAGAUUGACGCGACCGCCAACGAACUCGAGCACACCAAGAUCACUUCCUUCCCCACCAUCAAGCUCUACGGCAAGGACAACCAGGUGCGCGAAUACAACGGCGAGAGGACGUUAGCCGGCCUCACCAAGUUCGUGGAGACCGACGGAGAAGGCGCUUCGCCCGUUCCAUCGGUGGUCAUAGAGGAAGAGGAAGAUGUUGAAGAAGAAGUAGAGGAAGAGGAAGAUGUUGAAGAAGAAGUAGAGGAAGAGGAAGAUGUUGAAGAAGAAGUAGAGGAAGAGGAAGAUGUUGAAGAAGAAGUAGAGGAAGAGGAAGAUGUUGAAGAAGAAGUAGACGAAGAUGAACAAGAAGUUGAAGAUAAAGAAGAGGAAGACGAACAAGAAGUUGAAGAAGACGAAGAGGUAGAUGAACAAGAAGUUGAAGAAGACGAAGAAGUUGUAGAACAGGAAGUGGAAGAAGACGAAGAAGAUGAAGAAGAAACCGAACAACAAGAAGAGGAAGAAAACAAUGAUGAAGAAUGGAAUAAUGAAGAAGUGAUUGAAAAAGCUGUAGUCCGCCGGUCAUCGUUUGAUCAUAAUCACCAGCAUCAACAUGACCAUGACCACGACCAUGAACAUGAACAUGACCAUGACCACGACCACGACCACUACCACGACCACGAACAUGAACAUGACCAUGACCACGACCAUGAACAUGACCAUGACCACGAACAUGAACAUGAAGAUGAACAUGAACAUGACCAUGAACAUGAACAUGACCAUGAACAUGACCAUGAACAUGAACAUGACCACGACCACGACCACGACCACGACCACGACCACGACCACGACCACGACCACGAACAUGAAGAUGAACAUGAACACGAACAUGACCACGACCAUGAACAUGACCAUGACCACGAACAUGAACAUGAAGAUGAAAAUGAACAUGAACAUGAACAUGACCAUGAACAUGAACAUGACCAUGACCAUGAACAUGACCAUGACCAUGAACAUGAACAUGAACAUGACCACGACCACGACCACGACCACGAACAUGAACAUGAACAUGAACAUGAAGAUGAACAUGAACAUGACCAUGAACAUGAACAUGACCAUGAUCAUGACGAACCUUUUUCUAACGAUGUCGAUGGAUCUGGAAAAGGAGAGGAAGGCAAGGAAGAUGCUGUCGUAGAUUUUAUUCGGUUAACUAGGCGUUUAAAACAACAAGAAGAUUUAGAACAAGAAGUUGAUGAUGAGAUGGAAGAAGAAACUGAUAAUGACGAAAGUAAUGUUGAUGAAGAUGGUAAUGGUGAUGAAGACGGUGACGAUAAUGAAGACGAUUCUAACGGUGAUGAUGAUACUAAUGGUGAUGGCGAUACUAACGGUGACGGUGAUGACAACGGCGAUGACGAUGCUAACGAUGACGGGGAUGAUAACGAUGAUGACGAUACUAACGUUGAUGAUGAUGACAACGGUGAUGACGGUGCUACCGAUGAUGGUGAUGAUACUAACGGUGAAGGUGAUGACAACGGUGAUGACGAUGCUAACGAUGAUAACGAUGAUGACGAUACCAGUGGUGAAAAUGAUAAUGGUGAUGAUGAUGAUGAGAAUAACGAUGCUGAAGAUGAUGAUGGUGAUAAUGAUAAUAACGAUGAUGGUGGUGACAAUGAAGGCAAUUUCGAUGAUGAAAACGGUGAAGACAGUCAAAGUGAUGAAACGGAAAAUGAUACCGACAAUGAAGAAUUUGGGGUUGAAAAGCUUUUCAAAAAAUUGAUAAGUGCAUUCGCUUAAAACGAUAGGCAUUUGAUUUCAAAAGUAUCUCUAUAAAGAGUGCUAUCUUGAAAUGUACGUAGUUAGGUAGCAAUGAAAACAAUUUUAUUUUUAAAUAUUAGACUUAAGUGUUGUGAGUAGGAUUUCACUUUGUGCAAUUUUGUAAAUAAGCUGACGUGAAUGUGUAAUAAAUUAUUAUAUUACUAUAA